CAUUUCUAGGACCUUUAGAAUUACUAAUGCUCAAAAGUUGGAUUAAUUAGAAGGAAAUCUGCAUAUUUGCCUUUGGUCUAUUGGUCAUUUAAGAGGUGUUGCGUUUCCCAGAUGGUUCCAAUUUUUGGGUUAGUACAUGCAUGAGUUGCCUGGUGGAUUUCACUUAUUUUUUUAACUGUUGAACAGGAAGCCAAGUAGAAAUUGUGCGAUGUUGGUUUUCUUUUAUCCAACUUGCUAAUCAUGCAAUUAUUCUUAUUUUUUAUCUUUUUCUUUUCAAUUCAUUUAGAGGUAGUUGGGAUACUGAUGGAUCCUCCCGAAAAGGUGGAAAAAAAAAAAAAAAAAAGGAAAUUGUUUUGGCUGCUGAAAGGCUUUUUAUAUGUUGGUACCACGCAGGGCACCGAAGUCGUCCCAAGCAACUCAAGAUCACACACAUGUUUGUUGUCCGGUGUGUACAUAGGCAAUGUGAAGGUUCUUGUCCGCUUGUCAUUUGGGAUUGAUGGGCCCAAGCAGGUUGCCAUGAAGCUGGCAGUUAGAUCUGAAGAUCAAGCUGUCAGUGAUGCCAAUUGGCAUUUUUUUAAGGCACUGGAGGUCUCAGUUUUGUAUGUAGCAGAGAUUGCUGUUCUGUAUGAAUCAAUAUUGCUACUUUUUUAUCUAUUGAUCCAUAUUGCUGUUCUGUAUGAAUCACAUUCAAACUGA